AUGACUGUUUUGAGGUUACUGCGUGUGCAAGUCUCGGAGACGCGUGAGUAGAGUUGGAGAGACCAGAAGCUGAUUAUCUGGGGGCCGCCUCCACAGAGGCUUCUCCCCCUCUCCGCAACUUGUGCCGCACUUGGUUCUGCCGAGACCCACGACGGUUCCGCCCCCUUCUUCCUUGUCAUUGAUGUUGUUGUUCUUGUCAGUGCCGCAGCCCCGACCGCCGGGAGCUCGAACUCGAGCGGGGGCCGCCCGGGCGGCGCGGUGGCGGCGGCGGCAGUGGCUGCGGCUGCAGCAGCUGCAACGGCUGCGGGGGCUGCUCCGGAGUCUGCGGGGGCGACCGGGGACCGGCAGCCAUCGGCGGGGCCGGAUGGCUCUGUGUGGGCAAGCGGCUGGGGCCGCGUCGCUGCCUAGCGAGCUGAUCGUGCACAUCUUCUCCUUCCUUCCCGCGCCUGACCGGCUGCGGGCCUCGGCCUCCUGCUCGCACUGGCGCGAGUGCCUCUUCUACCCGGCUCUCUGGCCCCAGCUCCGCAUCUGCCUCCGGGUCUCACCCACGGAGCAGCCUCGGCUGGAAUUCCUCAUGCGCAAGUGCGGCUGGUUCGUGCGAGAGCUGCGCGUUGAGUUCGCCGCUGAGAAUUACCUGAGCGGAGGCGGCGGCCCGGGCGACGGAGGAGGCGCGGACACCGGGACAGGCGGGGAGGAAGUCGAGGCCCCGCAGCUCUCAAACCGGUGGCUGGAAGUGCUGCGCACCUACUUGGAGCUGGUGCUGUGCGUGCUGGUCAGCAUUCGGAACAACAGGAACCUCCAGAAGUUUAGCCUUUUUGGAGACAUAAGCGUUCUACAACAGCAAGGAAAUUUGUCAAAUACAUACCUCAGCAAGGUGGACCCUGAUGGCAAAAAAAUUAAGCAAAUUCAGCAGCUGUUUGAAGAAAUACUGAGUAAUAGUAGGCAAUUGAAAUGGCUGUCCUGUGGGUUUAUGCUGGAAAUAGUAACCCCAACAUCACUGUCAUCUCUCUCAAACUCUGUUGCCAACACUAUGGAGCACCUGAGUUUACUGGAUAACAAUAUUCCUGGUAACAGCACUCUUAUCACCGCAGUGGAACUAGAGCGAUUUGUGAAUCUACGCUCACUUGCCCUGGAUUUCUGUGACUUUACAGCUGAGAUGGCAAGAGUCUUAACUGAUAGCAACCAUGUGCCUUUGCAGCGACUGUCUCUCCUGGUCCACAAUGUUUCCGUGAUGCACAAGUCUCUGGACAACAUGCCAAAUGAUGAGCAUUGGAAAGCCUUGUCACGAAAGAGCACCAGCCUUCGGGUCUAUAUAAUGGCUUUUGAUAUCAAGAGUGAAGAUAUGUUCAAGAUUCUGAAGCCCAGUAUACCACUAGAGAGGAUUCAUUUUGACAGCUACAUCACUUGUGUUUCGGGAGCUAUUGUUGAUCUCAUAUCUAGACAGUAUGACAAAUUCCUCACUCAUUUUAUAUUAAUGAAUGAUGUGAUCGACACAUCUGGAUUUCCAGAUCUUAGUGACAACCGAAACGAAGAUCCAUUGGUUUUACUAGCGUGGAGGUGCACAAAACUCUCUCUUUUGGCAAUUCAUGGUUACACAGUGUGGGCACACAAUCUCAUCGCCAUUGCUCGUCUCCGUGGCUCUGAUCUGAAAGUACUUGAAGUCACUGAAGAAAGCAUUGAUUUUGACCAAGGUGAACUUGCCGACCAGGAUGUGGAUCCAGUUCAUAACCUUAUUGAGCAGGUAUCCCUGGGCUUGGGCCAACCUUGGCAUGCAGUCAUGGACAUCGAAUCACUCAGUGUCUUCACUGAACCAAAUCGUCAUUUUUACAGAGAGAUGCAAAGCUUCAGCGAAGACAUUUAGCUUUUUUUUUUUAAAUGUACAAUUCCUGUGGUUACAUAUGCAAGUAGGGUCCCAUUAUGUUUUUUUUCAGUAGUGUGAAUUAAUCCCUUUGUGCUGUGUUUAAUCAGUAUUAGCUUCAUAGAGUUAUAUAUGUAUAUUCUACUUCUUGAUCAAAGAACGUACUCGGGUAUUGGUUUAGAAGUUCAAAGUGACUAUGUAUAGGGCUUUCACGGUUAAUGAACUUGUUACCAAACCUUAAGGAUAUACAACCGAAGGUUGUCUGAGGUUGCUGGCUAACUUUGUUUUUCACUGAGUUACUCUGCCUUUUUGAUGUUUUUAUUCUUUGUGUGUCAGAGUUCAGAACUCAGGAGCCAAAAUAUUUUUAUACAUAUAUAGAAAUAUAUCCAUAGCCUGGUAGAUUUGUAUGCAAUGCACUGCAUUCAUGUAUUCUAAUAGCAUUUCAUUAAUUUUUAUUUGAAAUGGAAGGGAGGAUAAUGUCCCAGAUGAUUUAUCCUUAACAAAAAAACCAAGACUUUAACUUUCAUUACAUAUAUAAAAUUGAUAUCACCAAUUACCAUUCUGAAUUUUGUAUAGUACUAGGUUAGAACACUGCUUAAUCCUUUUUUUAAAUGCAUUUACAUAAACAAAAUACUCAAAUUGUUGGAUUUUUAAAAACUAUAUAUGACUUGAUUUUAUUUAUCAAUUAUAUUAUACAUUUAAGUUAGCUUUUAAGCCCAGAUUUCAAGUAGUGGAGGAAGAAAGAAACUAUAUUCCAGGGUAAAACCUCCUAAAGAAAAUCAAAAAACAGAAUUAUAAACACACAUGCUUGCAAACAUUAGUCGUGAAAUCCCUAGCAACAAGUCACUGGAUUUUUCUCUGUCAGCACGCGUGUCAGCUGCCAAAGAAUAGACUUAACUGAAGAAGUGCCCACAUGCUGGCAGGGGCCGGCCCACUCUGGCCAGCCAGAUACUGCUAGAUUGUAAUAUUUAAGGUCGAAUUUCGACCUGUGGUACACAGCUGUGCUGUGGCUCAGUCAGCAACCUCAGAACUCUGAAAAACAAAACAAAAAAGAAAAAAAAAA